UCCCGCAAGAAGACAGGGAAGUACUGAGCCCACAUUCAAGGACUAAAGAAAACAGCGCAGGACACUUACGAAAGGAAGAACAGCCGGAAAUCAAGGCAGAACACAGCUAUUGGUAAGUUGUUCUUAAUUAUUCGUAUUCAGAAUGCCGGGACGCGGAAGGACUCAAGGGUCAAAAAAGGGCAUGUCGUGUUCCGAGGAUCUGGGAGAUCGGACUGGUUUUAGUCAAUCCCAGGAAAUGGAUACGGAGUCGGAAAGGGAAAUCUUAGAGGGUGAGGUCAUGGAAAACCGGAAUAAAAUAGAGAGACAGAUAGAGUCAGACGAUGUAGAGAAGUUACGCCUACAAAUUAGGCUAGCUGAAAUAGAAUUAGAAAGAGAUCGGUUACGAAAUGACUCUAGGGCUAGUAAUAACUCUGAGCUAGGGGGUAACUUGGAUAGUCUAGCUAGGAAAAUCAGAUGGGCUUUACCCAAAAUGCCGGACAAGGAGGCGGAAGUGCCUUCAUGGUUCCGUGCUGUGGAAGUUGUAUUGCAAACAUACGACGUACCGGAAGAGCUUCAGGGACAGUUAGUUUUAACGGUAUUAUCAGAGAAAUGCAAAACAGCUUUAAGUAGACUCACGGCAAAUGAAAUCAGAGACUACGAAACUUUAAAACAAUUCGUGCUGGACGAAUUAAAGUUGUCUGCUGCAGAGUAUCUUAAGGAGUUCACUUCCUCCGAAAAGGGAAGUAGGGAAACGUGGCCCCAAUUCGCGGCUAGGAUGGAAGACCUUUAUCGGUAUUAUUUGAAUAGUAGAGGCGUAGAUUCCUUCGAAAGAUUGAUGAAGCUAGUUGUUUCGGAUCAUCUUAAGACUAAGCUAGAUGCCGACACUAGGCGUUACGUUCUAUUGCAAGAGGGUAAAGGUUGGUUCCCGCCGGGAGAGAUAGCUAGGUAUGCCGAAAAGCAUGCGGAAGCAGUUGGAAAUGGGGAGUUCAGGUGUAAAUCCGAAAGAGAUAAAAGAACAGCCUUUGGAACUGGGGGUGUGAGUGCGAACAAUGGAGAGCCGGAGAGGAGGGAAUCAAAAAUGAAAUGUUAUAUUUGUGAUCAGACGGGACAUUUCAAACGGGAUUGCCCUCAGAGACGUGUUAAGGAUGAAAUGCUGAGGUCUAGAGCAGCGCGAGUGGUAACAACGUUAGACGAAACGGUAAAGUCUGAUGACAAGUUAGUAGCUAGGGUAAGAAUCGGAAAAGAUACGAUUAGUGGAAACUUACCCGCUAGCUUAAACGAAAAUCUCCUGCUUACUUAUCAAGGUCGAAAAUUUUCUGCAAUAGUAGACACUGGGGUAGAAAUAACGGUGAUGAGAAAAGCUUUGAUACCCAAUUACAUGUCCCGUACAGAGGGUAAGACGAAGUUAAUCGGCGCGUUCGGACAGCAGGUAUCUGCAACAUUAGUAACCAUACCUGUAAGCUUAAAAGGGUGGUUGGGCAGAAAGAGAAAUUAUUAUAAUCCAGUAGCAAUAACCUGCGCUUUGACCGACGAGCUUAGCUGCACCACAGAUGCGUUACUUUCGGCAGCCGAUUAUUGCGCCUUAAAGAAAGCUAAGCGGACGGGAAUAAAUAAACGGAACAAACGUAACAAGAAGGUCAUAGGUGAAAGGGUUAACAAAGGAGAUAGUCCGAACCCUAAGGUGGAAAAAAGGGGUAAUAUAAAAAAAUAUUGCAGGGUAUGUAGUAGUCGUCAGGUACUCACUCCCUUCCAGCAAAAUGACCGUACACUUCAUAGUGCGAAAUUGGCACGUUGGGCAUCAGAGUCACGGAAAUACAAUGUCGAGAUCAGGCACAGAAAAAGGAAAAAGCGUACUAAUGCUGACGGCGUAUACAGACCGGAAGUCAGGGACAAUCCGGAACCUCCAGAUCAGACGAACAAGGUUAAUCAUACUAACAACAGUUUCCUUAAAGAAAAUGUUGGCAUUCUGUAUUGGCCUAUUAAUAAAUACAGCAAGAUAAAAGGUACAAAGAUAGGAGGUCACUACACAGUUUUUAGUAAAGAAUUUUCUAUUGGUGAAAAUGGAUAUAUGUUUUUAUUAGAAGCAAAUCUUAAUGGUGAUGUAAAACUUAGUUGGGGCACUCAUCUUUUCAUUCAACUUAACAUGGUUGCUGGCCCUAAUGAUGACAAUUUAUAUUGGCCCUGCAAUAUAACGGGUAUGAUUGGUAUAUUAGAUGCAUCUGGAAAAAAUCAAAGUUAUUUUAAAACUUUUUCUUGCUGCAUUCAGCGACCAGGAAAUAAAGAAGUUAUCUCAUUUCCAGAGUUUAUUCGUCAGUCAGAUUUGAUGAAAUCUUAUGUAGUUAAUGAUACUUUAACAUUAUUUGUUAUGUUACAUGAUAUAAAAUAUUUUUUUUCUCAAAGGAAUAUUAAAUUUGUAUAAUAAUCUAUAAGUUUAUACAUUAUUUUUGUAAUACAGGAAAUCCUCAUUAAUUUGAAUUCAGAUAGUUCGAAAUCCCGUUAGUUCGUAACUGAAUUUCGACCUAACGGGGAUGAAAUCUGUAUCUAAAAAUUGUAAUAUAAAUCGAACAAUAUGAGUAAGCACAUUUUCUAGUAAUAUAAAUAUGCUUUUUUCUAUAUAAUUACAAUGUAGUUAAAAAGUGUAAUAAUUAUUAUUUUACUUCUUUGCCCUGUGGGCACUGAACAGAGAGCUUUUUUCCAAGCCCUUUGUGUGUUCAGUCAGGCAUACGAUGGGAUGGCCAGGUGGUGAGGGGCGGGACCCCACCUAUCUGGGACAGACAAUGAGAUAUAGACAGGCCGAGAAAUUAUACAACAAAUUGGGAUGCACAGUAGUUCAGUUUGUUGCCACUAGGAUUGCUUCUAAAUGUUCAUCUUUAAACUAGCAUCAACUAUGUUCCAUAUUAAAUUAAUAAUAGACCAUUUUUAUAACCAAAAAAAAAUCCAGACCUUCAUUGCUCUAUCGAGGAAGUACGAAUACUUCUGCAUUUUGAAAGACAUAGCAAUAGAUUGAAAACCAUUGAAGGGCAUUUCUAAGAGCUAUUUUAUUUUUAAAUUUAUAAAAUUCCUCAGAGCAUGGCUUUUGUUCCUCAUUUCAUAUUAUGUUGUUGCUCACAAUAAUGAGACACAUGAUCUGGAAUGAAUGAAAAGAAAAUAGAUUGGUUACAGUCCCUUUUCCUUUAAGUUUAUUACUUACAGGAAAGUAAUAAAAUGAGAUAUUACCUUUUUUAUCUACCUAUAUUUGCAAAAAGCCACACUGCAAUAUACAGUUUCUGUAAAAAAAAAAAAAAGAAAAA